AUGUCAUUAUUUAACCGCUUGUUCCGCGGGAAGAAGUCUGUGAACAAAGAAAAUGAGCAGCCCACAGAGCUAGAUCGGGAAGUGGCAUACCGGCGCUCACUGCGACUGUCAUCUAGUCGUGGACCAACAAAAGGAGAACGAGCUCGAUUCCACGAGGACAUACCUGCAACCGCUCCUUACCACACAGUGACGGCUCCUAGACUUCAUAAAGGGCCACUGAGUUGUCCUGGCGGGUAUAAAGAGAGCUAUCGUAGUGAUGCCAUGGAUCGCUCUUUUGAGACAGAAGUUCGGCCUAAUCGGGAUAGAAGAGAUCGUGAUCGACCCGAAGACCAAGGCCGAAAGUACAGGAGACAAAGAACACACUGGGACACAUCUGAAUACGGUAGCGGUGAUCCUUCUCCUCUAGGCAACUAUCCAAAAGCCAGUGCUCAUUAUAGUGAGGACUUAGAAGAGUCUGACGAUCAAGAGUGGAAUAUGCACGACAAGUUGCUGCAACUUGAUAAUAACUGUAGAAGAUUCAUGCGAAAAUAUAAGCACGCCGAAGAGCGUCAUAUGUAUUACAAAGCAGAAUGGCGGAAAAUAUACAAGGCCAAAGAGGAAUCUGAAAAUGUGUUUUUACGACAAAUUGAACAGCUCACAAGGCAGCAUGAUAGGGAUACUGAAAAGAUUCGAAAACUCGAGGCGGAGCUCGCUCAAUACCGAUUCGGUCACUUAUCGGGAUCAAACGCAUAUCAUUUCGCUAUGCCUUUAUCUUCUCAUGCUCAAAAUAGAAGCUCUUUAAUGCCAUCUCUACCACCACUACCAAGUAGUACCGCAACACCUUCCACCAGCGCCGUCGAGUCUAUCACUGGAGCUGGUGAAGCUUUAACGGAACAAGCCGACUUAUCUAUGCUCCGGCCACUCCAGUUCGAUUCAUCCUUUGUCAAUCGUCAAGUUCUAGAUGACAUGGAUGAAACGAAGAAUUUCCGCGCAUUAGCUGUAGACGAUAGUGAAAGCUUUCUAUCUGGAAUGGAAGCUCCCCGUGAUACCCAAGUCGAAAAGGCUGUAAACCGAACAGCUGAAGAGGAUGUGAUCUUAGAUGAUGGGUAUGGAACAACGUCUGACAAUGCCGCAACUAAGGGAGCUGACUGCAGCUCGUGUAAGAAAAUUAACGGUGCAGUUGAUUGUUCGAACAAAGCACCUAAUCAAACGUAA